AUGGCGUCCGGGGCGCCAGAGGGAUCAUAUCAAUAUGAAAUCAAACACCACGACGCGUUGUCAGUCAACGUGCCUUUUCCCUACAUUUUUUCCUUUUCGCCGGCGGAAGCCCAGAGCGGCGGAUGAGCCAUAUUUCAACGUUAAAACUAAGUAUUAAAACUGAGCCCGGAGUCGGACAAUGUAUCCCAGUACGCUGACCCAGCUGGCCCGGGUGAACCCCUUCAGCGCCCCGCUGUUCUCCCUACAGAAGGUGGAGGAGCCCGGGCAGGUCAUGGCGCAUCAUGGAGGGCACCACCGCAGACUGGCAGCUGCUGCAGUGCCCGAUUCUGAUGUGAGCUGUGAGUUUGGCUCUAUGAAAUACUACGCCUUGUGCGGCUUCGGAGGCAUCCUUAGCUGUGGAAUAACACACACAGCUGUCGUGCCCCUUGAUCUGGUCAAGUGUCGUCUGCAGGUGAACCCUGACAAGUACAAGAGCAUCUUCAAUGGCUUCUCUGUCACAGUGAAAGAGGAUGGGGUCCGAGGGCUUGCAAAGGGUUGGGCACCCACUUUCAUCGGCUACUCCAUGCAGGGCCUGUGCAAGUUUGGCUUCUACGAGGUGUUCAAGAUCUUCUACAGUGACAUUCUUGGAGAGGAAAAUACCUACCUGUGGAGGACGUCACUCUACCUGGCUGCCUCGGCCAGUGCAGAGUUCUUUGCUGACAUUGCCCUCGCUCCCAUGGAGGCAUGCAAGGUGCGGAUCCAGACACAACCUGGUUAUGCCAACACCCUCAGAGAGUGCGCUCCCAAGAUGUAUGCCGAGGAGGGAAUGUGGGCUUUCUACAAAGGUGUGGUUCCUCUGUGGAUGAGGCAGAUCCCUUACACCAUGAUGAAGUUUGCCUGCUUUGAGAGAACAGUGGAGAUGCUGUACAAGUACGUCGUGCCUAAACCCCGCAGCGAGUGCAGCAAGCCUGAGCAGCUGGUGGUCACCUUUGUGGCUGGAUACAUCGCUGGUGUGUUCUGUGCAAUUGUGUCUCACCCUGCGGACUCAGUUGUGUCUGUGCUCAACAAGGAGAAAGGCAGCACGGCCGUCGGUGUGCUCAAGAAGCUGGGACCCAUGGGUGUGUGGAAGGGUCUGGUGGCUCGUAUCAUCAUGAUCGGCACCCUGACCGCCCUGCAGUGGUUCAUCUAUGACUCAGUGAAAGUGUACUUCCGCCUGCCCCGCCCCCCUCCACCAGAGAUGCCUGAGUCCCUGAAGAAGAAGCUGGGACUGACUGACUGAGACAUGUGGCCUUAACCUCACAUUUCACGCAGCCUUAACAACCAUCUCAGUUCUGUGUCUGUUACAAUCAAAGCUGACCUGCCACCCACCUGUCCCGGGCCUGCGGUCAGACUUGCCAAAACUGUGAAACUAGGGGACAAGUGAGAUUUGGAGGAAAGAUGAACUGAACACUAAUAGGUUUUAACACCAGACUGUAGCUUAUGAUGAUUGCUCUAAUAAAAAAAAAACA